AGAUUUAAAAUUCCCCCAAAUUUAUCAUAAUGUUCCAGGGGAUUGUAUUGUUAUAUUUUGGUUGCGUUUUUUGAUCACAAGAAUGGGAUCUGUAGUUUUAAAUGAUGAGGAGCUUAGGUGCUUCCGCACCAAAAUGUGUAAUAAUCUUUUAAAUGGAAAAUGUCACUUUAAGGAAUCUAGGUGUAUAUUCAGCCACAAUUCUAUUUGCACAAGAAGGUGCCCAAUCUACCUUUCCGAUACGACGUUCAUUAGGUACAUUCCCCUUUUCUGCUCACAUGUUGUUCUAGGACAGAAUUAUAAGACCAUUAAGUCAAACUGUCCUUUUGGAAACGAAUGUAUCUAUUCGCACUCUUUGGAUGAGAUAUUGUAUCAUCCACAGUUUUAUAAGACCAUCACUUGUGAACACUAUGUCAAAGGUGGCUGCAAGCAUACGUUUUGCCCAUUUGUGCACUCUGAUUUGGAAAGAAGACCAGUGGAUCAUUACAAGCUCCCAUUUACCAACAACAUUUACAUUCCCCCGAACAAAUUUAUAACAGUUGUGGACACUAUAACUCAAUCGAAAAAUAUGGGCAAGAAGAGAUUGGAUACAGAUGGAACAUCACCUACCCGCUCUAACACCGGUACACCUGCAAUAUCUCCACCCCUGUCUUGUGAUUUAAACAACUCUGGGUCUACAAGCGACUACGGAUCUCAGUGAUCAGAUGUGGAUAUUCGUUUUGGAAAUGCUAAAGGGGUUGGUAUCUAAAUUUUUAAUUUAGAAUUUCCCUUGUAAAUUAUUGCAGAAUAGGGUGUGCUCUGCUAGUUAUAUAUUCUGCGGUGCAGAUCAUUUUUAGACA